CACCGCCAAAAGCCAAAUAUGUACGUUUCUAUAUACGCGUCCCAAGUCAAAUGAGAAACUUGUCUAAUCUGAUCUAUCAAAACUAAAGCCCUACGUCCCAAGUCAAAUGAGAAACUCGUCUGAUCUGAUAUAUGAAAACUAACACUGCAUGGGCUCAAAGAAGACUAAUAGAGUACCUGGUUUCGUGAAUCAAAAUUCAAGAAAAUGGGUAAUUGCAAUGGAACUCGUGGUGGAAAAAGAAGAUUCAAGUUCCUGAUGAGAGAGCAAACGGAUUCCAUGAGUGCCCAUGAAGGAAUAAAGACUGUGAAGGUGGAUAAUCUCUGCGAUUUCUCAAGAAGUUCUGAUCUCUGCAUCUGCGUAAUGACCUGGAACAUGAACGGAAAGGUCUCUUAUGAAGAUUUGGUGGAGCUGGUGGGCAGCAACCGGAAGUUUGAUCUACUGGUUGUGGGUUUGCAAGAGGUACCUCGAAAAAACAUUGCAGGAUUAUUGCAGGCUGUUCUUGUGGAUACUCACAUACUGCAAGGGAAGGCCAUCAUGCAAUCUCUUCAGUUGUACGUAUUUGCUCCAUUGAACUCAGGGUUAUUCAUCAAAGAAUUGAAGGUGGAUAAGCAUUCUGUGGGUGGAUUUGGAAGAUUAAUUAGAAGAACAAAAGGGGCAGUAGCAAUCCAUAUCAAUUACAAAGGAAUUAGAAUGGUGUUUGUCUCUUGCCACCUCUCUGCUCAUGCUCGGAACGUGGAAGAAAGAAAUUCCCAAUGUAGACACAUAUCACACAAUCUUCUCUUCAGGAACUGGAACCCCUAUGCUAGACCUGCCCAAAUCACCCUAUGGUUGGGAGAUCUCAACUACAGGAUUCAGGGGAUAGAUACCUAUCCCGCCAGAAAUUUAAUACAGAAAGACCUUCAUAGACUGCUAACCAGCAAAGAUCAGCUCUUACAAGAAGCAGAAAGGGGACAGGUCUUCAACGGAUUCUGCGAGGGGACAUUGACAUUUAAACCAACGUACAAAUACAACGUGGGAAGCAGCAAUUACGAUACAAGCCACAAGGUAAGAGUCCCUUCAUGGACAGAUCGGAUAUUGUUCAAGAUACAAGAUGACGAAAUCACUGCAAGCUUACAUUGCUAUGAAUCCAUUGACGAUAUUUACAGCUCAGAUCACAAGCCUGUGAAAGCUCACCUCUGCUUGAAAGUCAAUGAACAAGCAGCACCUGAUAGCACUGGAUUAAAACCAUCAACUUAAAAACUAUAUCUGGCAUACAGGGAGAUUCUUGUUUAAACUCGGACUAUCACCACCCAACAGGCAACAUGUAUGAUGAGAUAUAUAUGUAAAAUAACUAAAACCCAUAUGUCGAUGUGUUGAGUCCACGAUGAUUCUGGUUUAGUAAGUUUUUCUCAUAUAUAUUUUCUUGUAAAAUCAAAAUUUUCCUUUUGAUUUUUUUGGACUAUUUUCAUCUAAUUAUUUCUUGUAAUAAAAUUUGCUUAUUAGUUUU